AUUAGGCGGUCGGUGUUCUGGCAAAAAUCGCAUUUGAGGUUACGGUAUUGUUGGUGUCCAGUUGUGUCUCCUGUUGCUGCCGGUGAUUUCCGCAUUUGCCUCAAGAACAACACAGUCAUUCGCAGCCCGGACCGAGUACGAGAAACAAGAUGCCGCCCAAGCAAAAUAAGAAGCCAGUGCCCAAGAACGCGUACUCUUGCUAUGUGGACGAGUUUAGAGUGAAAGAACAGAAAGCGGGUCGUCAUCUAGGGCUUCGCUACCAGGAUUUCUUCCAGCUAGCCGGUGCAUCAUGGGGGAAAAUGUCACCCUCUCAACGCGCCCCGUACGAAGCCAUGGCCAAAGCUGACAAAAUGAAGGGGAAGUCGGGCGGCGAGAAGUAUUCAAGUCAGGGAGUUCCUCUGUCCCAGAUUGAGCGUGAAAAGCGCGAGAAGGAACUGGCCGAGCGCCUCAUGAAAAAGGAAAUCGAGGAUACGGUGAAGGACGGUUUCGCGAAUGAUACCUUGGCCACCCAAAAGUACUAUUUCGUGAUGGCCAAUUACUUUGCGAAAACCACAGAUUGCGACUACAUCCCAGCCGAAAUAGCGGUGGCAGAAUAUUCGUUGAAAUCUGGGGUCAACAAGAAGUUCCACACUUUCAUUGAUCCAGGAACUCUACCAAUUGGUAUGGGCUACCAGGCGAAAUCUCAUGCAGACGACACCCAUCGGCUUCCAGUUCCACCGAAUGCAAUGGGUGAACGCGAUUUUGGAAAAGUCAUCCAAGGAUUAAUGAGUUUUAUCGAGACGGACGAGAACGGGCAAUAUCCCCCACUUUACGCGCACAAACAUUAUCUCGAAAUGAUAAAAAAUGUUAUGUCGAUUCUUGAAAAUGAAUAUUUUGGUGAUAACAGUGUCAACUUUAAGAUUUAUCCAAUUCAGUAUCUGUUUUAUACGCUUAAGAUGUCGACCGCAGAAAAGGGUGAAGUUAAGAAGCCAGAGUCAAUUUUUAUUUCAGAUGCCAUAUUUGAACGUGACACAUUCGAAUAUCAGAAUAAGAUUUCUUGUGAUUUCCAUGAAAAUAUAGAUGUUGGGAAAUAUUGUGCACUUUCAUGUGUUACUCGCUGGGGUUACAUGUUUUCCGACUACAUGUGCUUAGACUUAGCAUUAGAUUUAAUCCCGGGAGCGCAUCUUCCACCUGGUGCAGAUUUAUCAGCUGCAAAAAAAUCAUUCUCAACUGUGAGCUCAUACAAUGACGACAAAAAAUCAGUUGCAUCCACAUCAAUGCGGUCUUAUGCAUCGACAUCAGUUCGCUCAAAUGUCACUCAACCAAAGAUCGAGCGUCAUUACGUAGAUGAUACCAGAUCUGAUGCUACGGAAAAAUAUCCACCUGGAGGCGACGUACGAAAAAGAACUCACGAUCCGGCUCGAACAUUCGAAAAUGAUUCUAGUGAUGAGGACCAGGAUGACAAUCCGUGGUCGACUCGCAACAAAAAUAAGCCAAGACCACCUAAUGAGGAUUCAUUCAGCUUUAGUUCUGUGGUGGCAGGACGCGGUCGUGGCAUUAAAACCGAGCCCAUUUCCAGCAAUGCAUCAACCACGAGCCGUACUUCAGGACGAGGCCGACUUUUCCAACAAUAGUUUUAAGCGGCUGAGGAGAUAGCUAUUUAAUUUUUGUUUGAACUUGAAGAUACGAAGCCAAAGUGAUCCUAUGUCUUUGGUUGAAUGGGUACUAAAACAAGAUACAGUCGGUGUUGUAAACAAAAGCAUUUACUAUGCUCGUACUUUUAAAAUUAUAUUGACUAGAUAGAAAUAAAUUUUCCGAAAAGGA